AUGGCAGAUGCACUUGGUCCAUCCACCCAUUGGUGGAAUGAUGCCGGCUUGAGAAAACUCUACCUCUGGCUGCCAGUUGUCAUCCUCAGCAGUUCAUAUCAAGGUUUCGAUGGCAUGAUCAUGAAUGGUCUACAGUUGCUGCCCUCGUGGCAAGAAGAAUUUGACCAUCCCGAAGGACCAGUUUUGGGCUUACUCAACUCUAUCCAGACGGUUGGAGCCAUGUUGGCACUGCCUUUCAUUGGUUGGGUUGUCGAUAAGGUCGGACGUCGCAAAUCCAUUGCCUUCGGUGCCUCGUGGACUCUACUUGGCGCGAUCCUACAGGCAACCUCUAAGCACAUUGCCCAAUUCGUCAUUUCCCGGUUCAUCAUCGGUUUUGGCCUUGCUUUCACUGUUGUUGGUGCCCCGCUGCUCCUCGCCGAGCUGGCUCUUCCAAAGCACCGUGGAACCAUCUUGUCCUACUUUCCUACCGCAUGGUACACGGGAGCCAUCAUUGCAGCCUGGACAACCUAUGGUACUCAAUUCAUCGAGGACUCCCGCUCUUGGCGUAUUCCCAGUGGUCUUCAAGCUGUCCCUGCUGUCAUCCAGAUCAGCCUUCUUUGGUUUAUCCCCGAAAGUCCUCGUUGGCUCAUCUCCAAGGGUAAUGGCGCAGCAGCCCGGAGCUUCCUGGUAAAGCAUCAUGCCAAUGGUGAUGAGAGCAAUCCCAUUGUGGAGAUUGAAUACACACAGAUAAAGGAAGCCAUCCUCAAAGAUGCACAGUAUAAGGAGCAGGGCAGCUAUCUUGAUCUUAUCCGAACCAAGCCGAAUAGGAGAAGGCUUAUUCUUGUCACGUUUUGUGGUCUGUUCCUCGAGAUAUCCGGCAACGGUUUGGUUCAGUACUAUCUCCAUUCCGUGCUGAAUAGCAUUGGAAUCACCAAGACCAUUGAGCAAACUACAGUCAACGGCUGCUUGUCUAUCUACAACUUUGUCUUGGCUCUUGGUGCUUCUUUCUUAGUUGAUAGGAUCGGUCGCCGCAAGCUCUUCAUUAUCUCUACUGCUGGAAUGUUUUUUGCUUUCAUUUUGUGGACUACGUUUGCAGCUUGUGAGUACUUACUAUACCUACAUUUCAUAUACACCGAACACGGCACACGGAACUACGCGAUUGGUGUUAUUGUCUCCAUCUUCCUUAGCAACGGCGCGUAUGACCUUGGGUGGACUCCCCUCUGGGCUUAUCCGGCUGAGCUUCUUCCCUACGAGGUGCGAGCCCGUGGAGUUGCCUACAUGACGGGUAUUAUGCACGCCGCAGGGUUCUUUUCUUCUUUCGUAAACCCAAUUGGUUUGAAGAAUGCUGGAUGGAAGUAUUACAUUGCAUUUAUUGUUUACACGUUUCUCGAGCUUGUUGCUGUCUGGUAUUUCUUCGUUGAAACCAAGGGAUAUACCCUUGAGGAGAUCGAUACUAUAUUUGAGACGCCUGGCCUUACUUGGAAACAGAGAAGGAAUCUCAAGGCUCCUAGUCUUGUUCGGGAAACUAGCUCCAUCGAAGAGAGUGGUAAUGCUGCUCGCAAGUCUGAUGUUGCGGUCUCAAAGGUAGAGCUUUAA